AACGGCAGCUCACUGAAGCUGAACGACCAAACGAAGCUACGCUUAGUGAUAGCUGGUGAUAGCUGUCAAAUACCUGUGAGGAAACAUAGAUAGUUAUUGUAAUAUAUUAAGGAUAAAUGCGUUAGAGAUAUUUUUUCACCGUCAAACGAUCGUCACUCGGUCAAUCGCCAUUCAGCGAAUUCCGUAAUAACCAUGUUGUCGGCAGCGGCUAAUACCAUGUCCAACAACGGGGGUUCGUACAGCAAUGACAGGCCAUCAAGCGCUGGUGAACCAGAAUUGGCGACCGACGCUGCUUCUGGAGGAUUUUUCCACUCCGAUUACAAAAAACAUGAAGACCUCAAGCAGAUGCUCGACAGCAACAAAGACGGCCUCAAACUGGAGGCCAUGAAACGAAUUAUCGGGAUGGUGGCGAAAGGGAGAGAUGCAUCGGAGCUUUUUCCGGCAGUGGUUAAGAAUGUUGUAUCAAAGAACAUUGAAGUAAAGAAAUUGGUGUAUGUAUAUUUGGUGCGUUAUGCGGAGGACCAACAAGACCUGGCCUUGCUAUCGAUAUCUACAUUUCAACGAGCGUUGAAGGAUCCGAAUCAACUGAUAAGAGCCAGUGCCCUGAGAGUUUUGUCGAGUAUCAGGGUAUCCAUGAUUGUGCCUAUUGUCAUGCUGGCCAUCAAAGACUCUGCAAGCGACAUGUCUCCCUAUGUUAGAAAGACGGCUGCUCAUGCUAUUCCAAAACUCUAUUCGUUGGAUCCCGAGCAAAAGGAAGAACUUAUUGCUGUUUUAGAAAAAUUAUUAUCAGAUAAAACUACUCUAGUCGUUGGAUCUGCUGUUAUGGCCUUCGAGGAAGUCUGUCCAGAAAGAAUUGAUCUGAUCCAUAAGAAUUAUAGAAAACUUUGCAACUUAUUGGUGGACGUUGACGAAUGGGGACAGGUCGUCAUAGUCAAUAUGCUGACUAGAUAUGCUAGAACACAAUUCACCAAUCCCAAUGCAGAUGAUGCAGAGGAGGACGAAAAUCGUCCCUUUUACGAUUCCGAUUCAGACUCAUCGAACUCAAAGAAGCCUAAAUUUUCUCUAGAUCCAGACCACCGUUUGCUAUUAAGGAAUACUAAACCACUCUUGCAGAGUAGGAACGCAUCAGUAGUGAUGGCUGUUGCACAGCUAUACCACCAUGCAGCACCUCGUAGCGAAGUGAUGAUAGCUGCAAAGGCGUUGAUCAGGUUAUUGAGAGGUCACAGGGAAGUUCAAAGUAUCGUCCUUCACUGCAUAGCCAGCAUAUCCAUAUCCAGAAAGGGUAUGUUCGAGCCUUUCCUGAAAUCGUUUUUUGUCAGAACAUCAGAUGCGACGCACAUCAAGCUACUGAAACUUGACAUUCUUACAAAUUUAGCAACUGAAACCAGCAUCGGUGUUAUACUAAGAGAAUUUCAGACUUACAUUUCUAGCAGUGACAAGGAAUUCGUUGGCGCUAGCAUACAGGCCAUUGGCAGGUGCGCCAGUAACAUCAAGGAAGUUACUGAUACGUGUCUGAAUGGGUUAGUUUCUUUGCUGAGCAACAGAGACGAGGCUGUCGUAGCUGAAAGUGUGGUGGUGAUCAAGAAGCUGUUGCAAACGCAGCCAAACGAGCACAAAGAUAUAAUAGCGCAUAUGGCGAAACUGAUGGAUUUUAUAACGGUCCCUCAAGCUAGAGCUUCGAUUCUAUGGCUUUUGGGAGAGUACUCAGACAGAGUUCCGAAAAUAGCUCCAGAUGUGCUGAGAAAAAUGGCCAAGAGUUUCAUAAACGAGCAGGACAUUGUAAAGCUCCAAACGCUGAAUCUUGCGGUGAAAUUAUAUCUAUCAAAUCCAAACCAGACCAAGCUUCUCUGUCAGUACGUCUUCCAACUGGCUAGGUAUGACCAAAAUUAUGACAUUAGGGACAGGGCCAGAUUCCUCAGGCAUUUCAUAUUCAAUCAGGAUGGCGGAAACGCCGAAACCAAGCUAUCGCAGUUUGCCAAGAAGAUAUUUUUGGCACCCAAACCAGCCCCGAUGCUGGAGUCUAGAUUUAAGGACACCCAGUUCCAGUUGGGCACGCUCUCUCAUUAUCUAGACACUCCUUGUGUUGGGCAUCACAUUUUGCCACAGUUUCCUGAGGUUGCACCAGACCCUUCUGUCAGAGAUGUCGCUGAGCCAGUAAGCGCCCACGAAAUAAAAGAUGAAAGACAUAGCAGGAAGGAAAAGAGAGAUAAGAAGGCGACAAAGGAAAAGGAGAAGAGCUUUUAUAGCGAGGAUGAGAGCAGUCCUGCGGAAGUUUCAGAGUCUGAGAGUGAAGAUGAGUCUACCAAUUCUUCGGAAAGUUCGUCUGAGGAUAGGGAGUCCUCGGAGUAUUCUUCCGAUUCUGAUAAGUACUCCGAAGUGGACGAAAAGAAGAAAAAAAAUGUGAUUAAGAAGUUGAAUAACAGUGACAGCGGAUCCAGUUCUCAGGAUAGUGAUAGCGAGAAUGAAUCUGAUAGCGAGGAAUCCGAGGAGGAAGAAAAGAUUAAGCCAGUUAAAAGAGAGACUAAAGAAGAUGCAAAGGAAAAGCCGAAAAGCAAUCUCGAUCUGCUUUUGGAUUUGGAUGACGUGAUUCCAAUAACUCCAAUAAUGACACCAAGUCUUGGUGGUUUCUUGACUCCAAUGAACCCGCUGCAGCUUAACGGAGUAACGGAAGUAGCGGCCUCUUUUAUUCCCAUCAAGGCCACAGAACUGCUUAAUAAAAUCAGUGGAAAGGGACUGAAACUUGAUUUUAGGUUUACCAGAUCUCAGCAUCUUGUUAGCUCUGCUAUGAAUAGCAUUGAGCUAACGUUUUCUAACGAAAGUAGCACUACCAUAAAAGAUAUCAAAGUUGGAAACAAGAACCUGCCAUCAGGAAUUCAAGUCCACGAUUUUAUGCCAAUACAAAUACUUCAGCCGAACACGACGUCAUCUUCAACACUUGGGGUUAACUUCAACGACUCAACGCAGCCGGUUAAUUUUAACGUAAUUUAUCAAAAGGAAGAUGAAACGGUGUCGUCCUCAGUAACAGUCAAAGCACCCGUAGGUGAAUUAGUACGAUCUGUAAUGGUGACUGAGAGCUUCUUUACCGCGGAACAGGCCAAGUUGAGGGGAAUGAAUGAGCAUGUGGUGAAAAUAGCUUUUCCUGGACACAACAGGAAACUUAUAUCGCAGAAAGUAUUCGAAUCUGCCAAUGUUGCUCUGAUUUCUAGCGAGGGCAACAUAUUAAGGUUCGCGGCGCAGACUUUGGCCUCUAAAUCGUUAGUGUUGAUAACAGUAAAAAUCGGAGAAACUGACGAUUUGGAGGUAUGCGUGAAUUGUGAGAAAAUGGUCAUAGGAUCGAUGCUGCUCAACGACAUUAAGGCUAAUUUUAAAUAAACCCGCCUUCUUAAUCUUAAUAUUAUACAUAAUUGUUAUAAAAACAAUGGACAUCAAAUUUGAAAAAACAAACAAAUUUUCUCACCCCACUCGUGUAUUUCAUUCCAUGUUCGAAUACACUAUAUAUUAGAAGGAUAACAAUUGAUUGGGAAGUAAAAUCGCAUUGAAAGUAUGCAUGUAUAAAUUAUAUACAUGUAACGUAUAUUGUAUAUUAUACUGAUAUCGUCUAUA